AUGCGGAUUGUCAAUUGGGUUUUUGCAGCCCUGACAGGCUUCUCCGCUAUCUCAGUGUCCCAGGCCUACUGGAUCGAUCCGGAAUCAUGUUCCAAAGUAGAAGGCAUCGAGAGCGCCAUAGAGAUGAUGAACACGGGAGAACAGCAGCUGGUGAACCCCAGUAAUGAGAUGAGAAGGCUUCUGGAAAAUCUGUUUGGCAAUCACUCCACGGUGCAUGUCGAGAAACAGAGACGAAAAAUCCAAGGUGCAAUUUCUACCGGCGGCUACGCAGGAUACUCAGGCGUCUUUUUCAAAACAAGAGUUGGAAUCAAAGACCGCAACACUGCCUUGACGAAGCCCGUACUGGAUUUUUACGACGUGAGGUUUUACUGCGACUCGCGACGCAUAAAGAAACAACUUAGCAGGACAAAAGGCAUCAGGUUAUUCAACACGCAUACCAAAGAACUUCUCGCCGAAAAUUACAUUUCCGAAUUGCUCGAAUGCUUAACAAAUCUUGCGUGGACUAUGUGUCCCUAUGACGAGACUGAAAACUGCGAAAUCACUUUCUGCCCGUGGUUCCUCGAGUACGGCAUGAAGAGAAAAUACAAGACGUUCAGCUCGUGGUGGAAAGACAAAUCCGCUGUAACUUGGGCCAAGCUUGCUACCUUACUCGAUAAAUGGAUUACAAAUCGCUAUUAUACGCCCAUUGAUCUUGUUUCUUUGUUUGACAAAGUAAUUCUUCAUGAGUUGAUGCAUACACGCGGCGCAGCAGGACCAGAUAAGUUCAUACCUGUAGAUGUAGGUGGUCGAGAUGGAUAUGGCUGGAAAAACGCAAAGAGAAUCGCGAAGAUGGUAACAGACCUCAGCACUGACCCAGAAACAUUGGGUCCGGAGAAAAAUGCAGACACCCUGGCUCUUUUCGGAUCUGCAGCAUUGAUGAUCCAAAAGGGAAUCGAGAUCUAUGAUAACGGGUCAUUUGUAGAACCUAAGGAGAUGAAUGAGCCGCGGUUUGAUGUUUGGUUCGACGAGCUUCUAGAGGAGCCAGAAUUUGGAUUCUGA